AUGUAACUGCACCAGCGUUAACUGGGAGAGAGCUGGUACCGUUUCAGUCGAGGUGCAGGGCUUGAGCGAGUAAGGUGGCUCAGCUGCUACGUGUUCGGUUUUCAUUUUAUUGGUUUUAUUAUUGUGAUAUAUCUGAAGGAAUAUCUAAACUGAGAAAAAACUAUUGAAUCGUUGAAAGUGAGUGGCCAUUUUGGAAUUUCGGAAAAGUUCUAAUUGAAAAGAAGCUCGAUCGGUCGAAAGGAAGGCGGAAACGGCAUGCUCGGACCUCUUAACGUGAUUCCGUGAGAACCGUGAAGUGUGCAGGCGGGCACCCACCCCGUACGCGUCCCGCUAGAGAACAACGGCACCCGGUCGAGUGUUCCGUCGCUUUAACGCCACCCACUUUUUUUUUUGAAGACUGAGCUCAAGAACAUUAACCACUUUACGACCGCGGAGGUCGUCGAAAUCGCAAAAGACUGAGUUCUUGAAGCCAAAUCGAAAUUUGUUUUUUACGGUCUGAAUUUAAAAACAAAAAUAUCAUUACGCAUUCGCCACAAUAACGGAUUAAUCGAGUUCUUCUGGGACGGGAGUGAAGCAGCCAAGACUGCAGUGAGUUCAGCUUUAGAUGGAUUAAUGUUCCUGGAAAUUGCAGCCAGUGGCCGAGUAAUUGCAAAUGUGUAGAUGUUCAGUGCGCGUUGCAAAGUGGUGAAUUCGUAUCAAUGAGCGAAAAUAUCAGUGCAGAAUACUUUGAAGAAAUUUUGAGUUGCAAUUGUGCUUGCACCAGCCCCCAAUUGUGGAUUAUCAGUGAAAGAAGAAAAAAUUGAUGUCUGAAUGUGGUAAUUAGCAGUCUGGCGAUUGUUCGGGCACAUUUGCCUUAUUGUUCCGUUGCAUCGCGGUAUUGACCAGUCGGUUACCACUCCUUCGGAGCUUGUACGCGGAAUCGCGCAUCGUUUGACACAGCCCGGAGCCCCCCCCCAACCGCAGUUCGACAAAAUGACGAUGGCCGCCUGUUAUGCCAACUAUGACAUGUCACUGUCACAGGGUGUGCCUCAGCACCAGCAGCACCAUCAGGUGCACCAUGUGCCGGUGAGCAUGCACCAGCAGGGUCGGAUGUCUGGGGCGGUUUCCGCCGCUCCCAACGUCACUCCACAGAAGGACUACUCCACACCGCUGCAUGUCGAUUGCAGUGUCGAGUACGAGUUGCCAAAUCAACCGAAGCCGCCGGCAGGGCAGCGGGUCGAGCCGCUCCUCAUGAUCCAUCCAUGCUAUUUCCGCAAAAUGGAGAGUCAGCGGCGCAGUCCUUUCGUGAACAACAUGCCAAAUUCAUCCAGGAGUAAUAUGAACGCACUGUCCGCUUCGAGUUCGUCGUCGGUUACGACCUCCUCGUCGUCCUCGUCGUCGCGACGGAUUACUAGACAAUCUCAGGUUUUGGUCGCCCAGCAGCAGGUUUCGCAGCAGCAACAGCAGCACCACAGGCACCAGCAGCAAGCGGCCCAAAGUCAGCACCAAGCCCAACAGACACAGCACUACCAUCAGCAGCUGACGCAGCAACUGCAGCAGCAACAAAUGUCGCAGAUGUCGCAGCAGGCGCACUACCCUUCGGUGACGAGCGUCCAGCAGCACCAGCCGUCGUCCUCGUCGACUGCCCAGCAGUACAUCGAGCAGGCGAGGCGCGCUGUCAUCCACAGUCACAGCCAAAGUCGGAACCACCAUCAAAACCAAAGCCAAAGUCAAGUACAAAGCUCGUCUUCAUCCUGGGAUCAGAUCGCGGCCGCUGCCGCGGUGGCGACCUCGAUGCCUGCGGCCGCAGGCAUAGUGGGUCUGCCGGCGGCGGUGACCAUGACGGGACAGUCGAUGUACAGCAAGCCUGUGGGCAAGCGGGACGCCAUGUUGUCGGGGGGUUGCGGCGUCUACAGCUCUGCAACCCUCCACAACAGCCACACUAGCCACAGCACGAGCGGGCCCAACGCGGCCCUCAGCACCAACAACAACUCCCACGCCUGCAUAAACAAUAACAAUCUCAGCAACUGCGCCGCCGAGGUCACGCUGUCCAACCUCCGUUGGGACCUGCCGGACCGCAGUCCGAUGGCCACAGUUCCUAGUAAUUAUCAAGCCGGUCCCGACAGCACUCCUACGAUUAUGCGGGACGACAAACAUACGCUUAGCGAGAAAUAUCGCAGACAAUAUUUACGGUCGCAUCGACUACACCCCUACAUGAUGACGGCGGGCGCGGUCGGGUCGACGUUCCCGCAACUGACCGCGACCGCGUUCCCCCAGAUGCAGCAGGUAUCCUGUUUCAACGUGUGAUCCAAGUAGAAAGUAAGCCAACGAACUGAGAGAGAGCAAGAGACAGAUUGUAAGGAGAUAGUAGAAAACAACGUGCCAGCGAAGCGCUUUCCCGAGCUUCAUCCCCGGACGGCAGUCGCCGCGCAAGGACCGGCAGGACGAUCGGUGCGGCCCGGUCCGGCCGCCUCCGCGAACCGGACGCCAGGCGGCCACGAUCGCCCCCCGCCCCUCCCCGGCCUUGACCGCCCCCACCACCGCAGCGACCGCCUCCUCGCCGCAAUCGUAUAUAGACCUACGUUACUAGAAGUUACAUAAAGCAACUAAAUAACUAUAAACAACUGAAAACAUAAUAUCUCUUUGUUUGUGUCUUAUUAUAACAAAUUACGACAACAAUAUGCUAAAGGAGUUAUAUAUACUGCAGCAAGUACAUACACCCAACCUAUAUAUAUGCAACAUAUGUAAUUGAUAAUUCAUGCGUUAAUGAUAAAAUGAUAAUGUAUUUAAAGUUUAUGAGAACGCCUCCUCCGUACUAAAACGCAGCUUUUUCUACGGACCCCGCGGCAGUCGACAGCAUACACGAGUAACGGUAAAUAUGACGACGCAACCUUUCCGUUGCAUUUAAAUGUGAUAGUAGAUUUAUUUUGUUCAUUUAACUAUAAAUAAAACAAAUGAAAUAUUAUAUAUUAUAUUAAUAACGGUAACGAUAAUAACGAUAACAAGAUAUAGUGAUUAUACACGAAUUACAACUACACACUCGUAUGCAUGAGUCAAGAUGCAAAGUAGAAUUCACGCCGACCCCACUCAGGGGGGCGGACAAAUUUGUUGUGUUGUACAUUCAUUCUAGCGGAAGAUGAUGAUAAAAGUUCCAAAGAAGUAAAAGUAAUAAACAAAGUAAAAAUUAGGAUAAUAAAAUUAUUGGAUCGCAGUAAAUAAAUGAAUGCUAAGAGAGCGAUCAGAUGAAAGAUGUAGAUGGAGUCUGAAUUGAAGGAAUAUCGUAGCGAGAAUAUAACAGAAUGGACACUACCCUGUUCACAAUGAUAUCGAUGCAAAUGAAAUGAAAUACAGAAAAAAUGAUAACCAGAA